AUGGCGUUCGAGGUCCCUUCCUCCACCCUGCUCCUCUCUAGCAGAGCUCCAGGACUCUGCCAGGGAAGGUUCACCCGCCCCAUGGCUGUGAAGAGAGCUGGUGUUCGUGCUGGGAGAAGCGGAGUCGUCCGUGGCAUGACCAUGACGACGGUGGAAGAGAAGACGAAGCAGCUUGUGGGAGCGAAGGCGGCGCUGAAGGAGCUCAUCGAUCAGACCAAUGCAAACCCAAUCAUGGUUCGUCUCGCCUGGCAUGACUCUGGUACCUACGACGACAGCAUCAAGACUUUCCCCAAGGCUGGCGGCGCCACCGGCUCCAUCCGCUUCGAUCCCGAGAUCCACCAUGGCGCCAACGCUGGUCUGACCAACGCCGUCAAGAUGCUGGAGCCUAUCAAGCAGCAGUAA